AUGAUUUUCAAGCCGUUGUCGAACCUAUCGCGCCAUGCUGCGUUAGCGAAGCAUUUGUGGGUUCAGACAGGUGGACAUAACCAGUCGUCGCAGCCGUCGGCGUUCUUUUUGACGACCAACCAGCUCGCUCGUCAGCAGUCGCAGCUCGCUGUGAGACAUGGUAACGGGUUUGGCAGUAGUGGAGGCAGUUCUGGGGAGGAUAGUACGACGACUGCGUCGUAUGCCACUAUCGGCUCGUCGUCGACUUUCCAGACUAUAACUCCUCUGUCAUCUCUGGAUGAUGAGAAACAUAGAGAGAUUCUUGAGGCGGCUGGCGGUGUUCAUGAGCCUGCUAAUUCCAGCGCAUCGGGUGGUUAUAUGAUGUAUAACCACCAGCGGACGCUUGUUAAGCCGAAGCCGGUGACGGAAUUCCAUCGUAGAUACUCUAUUGAUGCUAGAAGCGAGGCAGCUGAGACCAGAGAUCAAAAAGUUGAUGCCACAGAACCUAAAAAUGCCAGUGUCAACAGUCAGAGUGAAGUAGCGGUUGAACAGGCUGGAUUGAAUCCGGAAAUAGAAUCACAACCACAGCACCAACAACAGUCUGACGAACUGCUGGUUCAACAGGUAGAACUGACACAGAAUGAAGAGACUGAAGUGUCUUCUUCACUGCUAGAAUCAGAGUCUCAAGUACACAGCCAGACUCUGUCGGAUGUACAGUCACAACCGCAAACACGGUCGGUAUCUCAGUCCUCGGCUCCGAGCUCGAUAGCUUCGCUAGAGCAAUUAACUGUUUCUAAGACUUCAGCUGCUAUUCCAAAUCUCGGCACUGUUUCUGUUUCACGAAAUAGCACGUCGUUUGACGACCAAAUUUCAAUUGCGUUUUCCAGCUCUGAUUAUGAACGUGUUAUCGAGUUGUACCGCACCUUGUUCCCUUCAAAGCCGCUCUCCAUUCAUGCAUUUAAUAAGGUCUUAAUCUCAAUCGCCAAUGUUUGUACCGAAAACACUAAUAAUCCCGACCUUGGUCCUCUUCUCGAUGCUUAUACCUCUCUAUUGAGCACUAAAGCUCUUGUUCCUAAUGUCCACACAUACUCCAUUCUUAUCACGACGCUGCUAGAAAGUGCUGAUAAGCUUGGCGAGACUCCAAAUCUGAUUAAUUUGCGUAAUGUCGAGUCUCGUCAUGCGAAUCUGUUACCUUCGGUAGCGAGUGAGCUCGCCAAGGCAUUGGAAGUGGCUUCAAUGUAUUCUGAUCUGGUAUUUCAACUGUUUGAAGCAAGUAAUUCCGUCAAAGUACGUAAUUACCCCAGUUCUAUUUAUGUCCAGCUUCUAGACGCUGCCAUCAAAUUUAACAAACUGGAUCAAUUGCCUAAAAUCAUUCAGCAUAUCCAGUCAUCAUCUUCUGAUUCUAGUUUAGACGUUGACCUGCUGCUAAUUAAAUCUUACGGGUUGACCAAAGAUGUGAAAUCAGCUACCGAAGUGUUCAACAAGUAUCAGAAGGGGUCUAAAUCGCAGUUUAGCCCUGAAUUAGUGAGUGCCAUGGUUAGCACGUAUUUCCACUGUGAUGAUGCUGCAUCCGCUGCUCAACUUGUUGAGACCAUUAUCAAUGACAGGUCAAAGGACUUGUUUGUACAAUCGCCAGAGUUUGAACAGAUUUUGGUCCAGGUCUUCACUGGAUUUGCUCGUCUCGGUCAGUAUUCUGAUACAUGGGCCUGGCUUCAGCAGGCCGAAAGUGACUCUUCUAUAUGUCCUAUUUCUCUUGACACCUUAGUCAAGACAUUUAGUUCUGUUUGCAAUGCUAGGGCUGAUUCUGUGAAUGUCGAAAGCGAUGGUGCUGUUGUUCAUCAAAUGUUUGACUUUGUUGCUGCCAUUAAGGCUAGCUCCAAUUCUGACUUGUUCAACGAUGCAAGAUGCGAUUAUAUCAACUACUGCAUUUCAACAAACAAUUUAGAACGACUAUACAAGGCUAUUAGUGAGACUCAAUACAGAGGAGGAAUCUGGGAUGAAACAACUCUGUUCCGAGUGGUUCAGUUCUUGUCACAACAAGGCCAGUUGGAUCUUGCUUUGAAUGUUUUCCAAAUGCAAUCGUUCCGACUCAAGAAGUAUCUUGCUGAGAAUGAUGCUAGCGACCAAUAUAGUGCAUUUGGAGAAGAGGUGUUAUCACUUAUUGUGGCAGGAAUGAAAUCCCAGAAUCAACUGACCAUGGACAAUGCUUUGGCUGUAGCCAAGUCUGGUUUCAUGACUCCCCGUGUGUUUGCCAACACUAAUGGCGGUGGCAUCGAUGUUAUGCAAGCCAUUUGGGCAGCGAGAUCUAAUGGAGUUGAAAUUUACUCUUCAGCAAGAUCUCUUGCUCUUGAUAUAGUUGAUUUGCAUUGUACAUGGAUUCAGUCUUGUACUCAAGGUUCACUGGGAAAUCUGUCAAUUCCCACUGAAAUCGCUCAAGAACUCACUAAAAACUUCAAGAUUUUCAUUCAAGAUAUCAUUUCCCAAAAGUUACCCAUUUCUAAUGUUUUGCAUGAGAAUGUAGAAUCUUCUUUACAGCUAUUGAACGACUAUGCGAGCAUUGAGCUGUGGAAUGAUUAUUUCCACAAAUCGCAAAAGCCGGAAUCACCUCCUUUUGUCGAAGAAGCUAGGUCUGAACCUUUUACUAUUGUCAACCUCGAUGCUUCGGCUGAGAUUAUUGGCUAUGCCAGAACUGAGCACGGAGUCAUGCAGGCUUUGAACACUCUUCGUGAUACUUUUAUUCGCAAGGAGCUCGUCACUCCAGAUGCCAUUCUGUAUCUUGUAGAGGCUGCUGCUACCGGAAAAUUGAAAGGUGCUAAUGAGAUCAUAAGAGAAGUGUAUUCACUGUCUUUGCAGUACUUGCCUCCUCAUACUAUGGCUCCACAAGCAUGGGAUGCCUGGUGUGCUAUCCAUCGUAGUAUCGUCACACACAGUGCUGAAACCGACUAUGCUCUUGCCGAACAGGCCUAUGUUAGUCUUUUGAAUAUGGGUUCUUGUCCUGAUGCUACAAGUUAUGGUCAGCUCAUGGCUCAUGCUCCUACUAAUGGCAACCGUGACGAAGCAGUAGAUGCCAUGCGAAUGUUCAACGAAGCACGAGCCAGCGGUAUUCCUCUAAACACAUUUAUUUACAAUGUGUUGCUGUCCAAGCUUUCCAAGGCGAGAAAACUGAAAGAAGCAGUGGCUGUAUUUGACGAGAUGGACAGACUAAACAUCAAGAAAUCCAAUGUCACUUACGGUACCAUGAUCAGUGCCUGUUGUCGAGCUGGAGACGGUGAUUUUGCCAUGAAGUUGUUCAACGAAAUGGAGAGGUCUCCUUUAUACAUUCCCAAGGUGGCUCCAUUUAACAUCAUGCUCCAGUAUUUUGUACAUGCCAAGCAGGACCGUCAAUCCGCAUUGAAAGUGUACAACCAGCUUCGCGCCCUGGGUCUCAAACCAUCUCCACACACAUACAAGUUGCUCAUUGACAUGUACAGUACCAUUGAACCUAUUGACAUUGCAUCUGCCGAUAAGGUUCUUUUGACAAUCAAAGAAGACGGUAGCGAGGUCACAUCUCAACACUUUGCAGCUUUGCUGUUUACACGUGGGGUUGUGAAGAAUGACCUUGCUGCUGCACAGGAGUUUUACGAUGUUCUCGUUCACGAACGUAAGAUUCGACCUGACAAGGUGAUCUUCCAGGCACUUCUCGAGUCGUAUGUGGUCAAUAACAAAGUUCGCGAUACCACCAAAGUUCUCCAGGAGAUGAUUGCCUACGGAGUCGACCUCAAUGCGUACAUGGCCAACAUCCUCAUUCGCGGCUGGGCCUCUAUCAGUCUGGACAAAUCCGUUGGUCUGUUCGACUAUAUCUUACAAGGCAACAUUGCCGAGCCGUCAUCGUACGAGUCCAUCAUCCGAGCAUUCAUCUUCCACGGCGACUUCACGAGUGCCAACAACGUUCUCAACCUCAUGCGAACGAACCGCUAUCCGGAAGCAGUAGUCCAAAAAGUGGACACGCUCAUCAAACAGAGCGCUACCACAACGCCCUCAGGCGACCGUAUCCUCCUGGACAGUAUAUUUAGACACGACGCGCAUCGACUGCACGCAGUCAAUGCCGCUUAA